AUGGACACUGAGAUGACAUCCCCAGCUCCUGUAACGAACUCCGACACCAAUCUCCUCGAUCACUUCACUUCAAAGCCUCGACGCGAUGACAAUUACACUUACGCGACAUCAAUCCACAUCAAGUCCAAAGCCCAAGCCACAGCCUUUGCGCGCACAACCCACACGCAGCCUCCCGAUCGCACCCUCGUCCUCUGGACCAACAGCAGCGUCAGCGGUGACCUGCGCAACGAACCCUGCGCCAUAGCAGUCGGCUACAACUCACCUACAACUACUGACUGGACCGCCCAAGUCACCAUCGCACACUACACCAACGCAAACGAGGCCAUCCUACUAUCCAUCGGCGAAGCCCUCCGAGUCGCCGCUUCUCCUACGAUAAGCGAGCUCGUCGAUCGCGUGCUCGUCUUCUCAGAUGUGCAACGCGUCCUCAAGAGUAUGAGACAGGGCCAUCCGUUUGGGUUGGUGAGGGAUAGAUGGCUUGUAGAUGACAUACCCCAUCUCACCAAACAACUAGCCGAGAAGAGCGUGGAAGUGGAGUUUCACUGGUUCCCUCCUUUCCCCAACAUCGAACCUCAGCAACGCGUGCGCGGCGCCUCGCAGCGGUUCAAAAAGCUUGCUUUAGCCGAAUACCCGUCUGAGUUACUCGAUCGGAGCGUUAGUUUCCCGCCGGUGAGACUGGACGGGGAACUCGUCACGGGAAGUGCGGGAGAGGACUUCGUGGGCGGUUGGCUAGGCGCUGCGCUGAAGGAUGUAAAGGUUCUGCCGCGAAGGGAGUUGAGUCGUGACCUGAGGGUCCAGGCCAGGCAGGCUAUCAACCAGAGGAGGAAGGAGAGGAAGGAGAAGGCGAGGGCGAGGAGGAUCAAGGAUAAGGCAGAGAGGGAGAUUAGGAAGAUGGAGAAGGAGAUGCGGAAGUUGAUGCGUAGGAACGGGAUGGAAGUGGAGGAGCAGGAAGUGCUGGGAUCGGUGCGUGACGGUGAGAUGAAAGUGGAGGAGCAGGUGCUGGGUUCGGCGUGUGACAGUGAGAUGAAGGUUGAGGAGCAGGAGAUGCUUGGUUUGGCGUAUGACAGUGAGAUGAAAGCGGAGGAGCGAGAAGUUCUGGGUUUGGCAGAUGACAGCGUGGCGACUACAUACGAGCAUUUGGACAACUUCGAAGAGCAGGAGAGGCAAUGUAUGCUCGUGGAGGGGCUUGAAAAUCUGGAUUUGGUUUGA